CCGGUCGGGGCGGAGGGGUUUCCGUCGCAGCGGCGUCGCUUAUGGCUUCUCUCAGGAUCGGGCUCGGGACCUCGCUCGCGGGUGCCCGUGCUCUGUCGAUUGUCGGUUGCCGCCCGCCGCCCUCCACCUGCUCCACUUCGGCGGCCGCCUGCGGCACCGCCAUGGAGCCGGCGCCCCGCUGGCUGGCGGGGCUGCGCUUUGACAACCGCGCUCUGCGCGCGCUGCCGGUGGAGACCCCGCCGCCGGGCCCCGAGGGCGCGCCGUCCGAGCCGCGGCCUGUGCCCGGGGCCUGCUUCACCCGCGUGCGUCCCACGCCCCUGCAGCAUCCGCGCCUGGUGGCGCUGUCGGAGCCCGCGCUGGCGCUGCUGGGCCUGGGCGCGCCGCCGGCCGACGACGACGCUUCCCGCGAAGCGCGCGAGGCCGAGGCCGCGCUCUUCUUCAGCGGCAACGCGCUGCUGCCCGGCGCGGAGCCCGCCGCGCACUGCUACUGCGGCCACCAGUUCGGCCAGUUCGCCGGGCAGCUGGGCGACGGCGCUGCCAUGUACCUGGGCGAGGUGUGCACGGCGUCCGGCGAGCGCUGGGAGCUGCAGCUCAAGGGCACCGGCCCCACACCCUUCUCCAGACAGGCUGACGGUCGCAAGGUGCUGCGGUCCAGCAUCCGGGAGUUCCUGUGCAGCGAGGCCAUGUUCCACCUCGGGGUCCCCACCACACGGGCCGGGGCCUGCGUCACGUCACAGUCCACGGUCGUGCGCGACGUAUUCUAUGAUGGUAAUCCCAAGCGUGAACCGUGUGCGGUCGUGUUGCGUAUAGCUCCCACCUUCCUCAGGUUCGGGUCCUUUGAGAUUUUUAAGUCCACAGACGAGCACACGGGGCGCGCAGGCCCCAGCGUGGGGAGGAAUGACAUUCGCAUACAGAUGCUGGACUAUGUGAUCGGCACUUUUUACCCUGAAAUCCAGGCCGCUCAUGUGGGCGACAGUGUGCAGAGGAACGCUGCCUUCUUCCGCGAGGUGACACGUCGUACAGCCCGGAUGGUGGCUGAGUGGCAGUGUGUCGGCUUCUGCCACGGCGUGCUCAACACAGACAACAUGAGCGUGCUGGGGCUCACCAUCGACUACGGGCCCUUUGGCUUCCUGGACAGGUACGACCCCGACCACGUGUGCAAUGCCUCCGACAACGCUGGACGCUACGCAUACAACAAACAGCCUGAGGUGUGCAAAUGGAACCUGCAGAAGCUGGCCGAGGCCCUGGAGCCCGAGCUGCCCCUGGCGCUGGCCAAGGCCAUCCUGGCUGAGGAGUACGACGCUGAGUUCCGCAGUCACUACCUGCACAAGAUGCGCAGGAAGCUGGGCCUCGUGCGGGCUGCCUGCGAAGAGGACGCGGCCCUGGUUGCCCGGCUCCUGGAGACCAUGCAGCAGACCGGUGCUGACUUCACCAACACCUUCUACCUGCUGAGCUCCUUCCCAGUGGAACCGGGCUCCCUGGGCCUGGCAGACUUCCUGACGGCGCUGACCACACAGUGUGCCUCCCUAGAGGAGCUGAGGCUUGCCUUCCGGCCCCAGAUGGACCCUCGGCAGCUGUCAAUGAUGCUGAUGCUGGCCCAGUCGAACCCACAGCUCUUGGCACUCAUCGGCACCCAGGCCAACGUCACGAAGGAGCUGGAGCGCAUGGAGCAGCUGUCGCGGCUGGAGCAGCUGAGCCCGGCCGAGCUGCUGAGCAGAAACAGGGACCAGUGGGCCGACUGGCUCCAGGAGUACAGAGCCCGGCUGGAGAAGGACAGGGAGGGCGCCGGUGACGCUGCCGCCUGGCAGGCUGAGCGCGUGCGCGUCAUGCACGCCAGCAACCCCAAGUACGUCCUGCGGAACUACAUGGCGCAGGACGCCAUCGCGGCUGCCGAGAAUGGAGACUUCUCAGAGGUGCGCCGGGUGUUAAAGCUGCUGGAGGCCCCGUACUGCACGGAGGGCGAGGCCACCGAGGCCCUGGAGGCCGCUGAGCCCGAGGGGACCAGUGGGGCAGCGGGCAGGCGGCGCUCCUACAGCAGCAAGCCCCCACUCUGGGCGGCGGAACUCUGUGUCACGUGAUCCUCGUAGUUGCCUUGGGGGCCCCCAGCCGGAGGUCCCUAAGGCCCCACGUCCAGCCGAGUCCCGGAGGCGGUGCCCGGCCAGGGCGCAGUCCUGCAGCCCGACUCUCCAUGACGGCAGAAACAUCCAGUCAGGACCUGACCUGUCUCUGCCUGAAGCUGACUCGGCAGCCAGCGCACGCUCAGCAAGCAGAGGGGGCCGGGCGGCCGCCCCACCCACCUUGCAGCCCAGGGGCGUGGCCUUGCGUGGCU